AUGGCGCACCCGGAGAGCGGGGACGGGGGAGCCGAGACCCUGCGGAAUUCCUCGGCUGCUUCCGUGGAUUCCCAGAGCAGCAGCGAGCCCCUGGAUGGUUUCCCCCUGAAGCAUUCCAACACCUUGACCAACAGGCAGCGAGGCAACGAGGUGUCAGCACUGCCAGCCACGCUGGACACCCUGUCCAUCCACCAGCUCGCUGCCCAAGGCGAGCUCAUCCAGCUGAAGGAGCACCUGAGGAAAGGUGAGAAUUUGGUGAACAAACCCGAUGAGAGAGGCUUCACCCCCCUCAUCUGGGCUGCAGCUUUUGGGGAGAUCGAGACCGUCCGGCACCUCCUGGAGUGGGGCGCCGAUCCCCACGCGCUGGCCAAGGAGAGGGAGAGCGCCCUGGCCCUGGCCAGCAUGGGCGGCUACACCGACAUUGUCACCAUGCUGCUGGACAGGGACGUGGACAUCAACACCUACGACUGGAACGGGGGCACCCCCCUGCUCUACGCCGUGCGUGGGAACCACGUGAAAUGUGUGGAGGCCCUGCUGGCUGGAGGUGCUGACCUGACGGAGGAGGCGGAUUCGGGGUACACCCCCAUGGACCUGGCCGUGGCCCUGGGACACAGGAAAGUCCAGCAGGUGAUCGAGAACCACAUCCUGAAGCUGUUCCAGAACAAGAAGAAGAAGAAGAAGUGAGAUGGCAGC